AUGGCGACGUCGUCUUCUAAUUUUCUAUAUGACCCGCUAGAGGAAGGGCAGAUCCGUCUUCUGCGAUUUCUCACCGAACCAGCGGCUGGAAAUGAGACACUGCGUUUCGAGCUCUUCCAUGCCAAGUUGAGCCAACGGCCCCAAUAUACGGCACUCUCAUACUCCUGGGGAAUGAACCGGAAAGAUGCACUGGCGAUAACGGAGGUAAACGGGCAGGAGUUCCCAGUGACACCAAACCUAGCAGCUGCACUUCGGCGGAUGCUACAGAAUGGGAUCUCGGUGAUAUGGGUGGACGCCAUCUCGAUCGACCAGGGGAACGCGAUUGAGAAAUCUAAAGAGGUUACGAGGAUGUUUGCCAUCUACCGUAUUGCCAGAGAGGUCGUCGUGUGGCUCGGACAGUACGAAAUUAGCGGGCUGAUUGAGGAUGAAGUCAAGUACUUGCACAAUCUCGUGGAGCAUACGAAAGAUCCAGCGGGCAGUAUCAAGAACAGGGGGCAUGCAGAGCCUAACGAUUUAGCCUUGGCUGGAUUGGAGAGGAUGCUCAAACAGCCAUAUUGGAGUCGCGUAUGGAUCAUCCAGGAGAUAGCGGCGGCGAGGCGAACGCGAAUCUUCUGGGGCCCGUAUUCGUUCGAGCUGCGGCCCGUGGAACUUCUUGUGCGUGACCACGGUCAGGAAAUCGAAGAGGGGAGCGCUGGAAAGCCUCCGCUUGCGCAGCAGGUCUUAUCCGUGCGGGCGGCUUGCAGAGCACAGCAGAAGCCGCGGCUAAUGGAGAUCUUAGAACUCACGAGUGCCUCGGAGACCAGCGUUCUCAGGGACAAGGUCUACGGUCUACUGGGCCUGGCGUCUGACUGGGCUGAUUUCGUGCAGGAACCUAACUAUGGGGAAGAUGUAUCAGAACACGACCUUUGCCUGGAAAUGACGGCUAACUACAUCAACUGGUACGCCUCGGUGGAUAUCAUCUUUCUGAGAAGCACACUUGCCGGCCAGGAGACUCUGCCGUCGUGGUGUCCCGACUACUUCCACUUCAAGGUCGAUCCGUUUGAUAGAAACUUAGUCCCUUAUAUCUGCGGGAAGGAUGCUAACCUCGGUUGGGAAAGGAGACGAGCAUUUGCGGCUUCUGCACGCUUGAAUGAAGAGAUUCCUGACUCGUUCGAAUUAAACGGAAAGAAACUGACUUUGAGAGGAGUACGUGAAGGGUACAUCACAGUUGUCGGCGGAAUUCUACACGACGGCGUCCGCAACGGGAACGUGGGUGAUGACGAGGGUGCUCAGAAUUCUUUCACAGGUGAGAGAAGUCCAUCAGAUAUCAUGGCCAAGGCAUUUCGUCGUCUGCUUUUGAUAUCUCACAACCAGACUUUCGGUCACCUAAACGGCAUGGACUUCUUCCACCUGCUGUACGCCUUGCCAAAAGAGUACUACCAACUCAGCGGACAUUGGAGUGUAUGGAAAUGGCUGGACGAGCACCGCCAGUUCUUUGCCAGCUUCGGAUUGAAACUGGAACCGAUGUCUCACGGUGUUGCUGAACGAGCGGACAUGAGGGUCCGAUCAUCUGGACUACUGGACGAAACGCGCAUUCCCGCAGCAUGGAAAGAAUACUCGUCAUCGGGUGAAACAAGCAGCCGCCGACGGGGGAUGUCAUUCCUCCCGGUCUUGGAAUCGAUUGCAUCGGUACUUCAAGAGGGUCUUUGCCUCAUGUGUAUCAGUGACGGUACCCUGUUGGGGUGGGCACAUCGAAACGCCAAGGUUGGUGAUUCGAUCUGGCAUGUGGAAGGAUGUACGCUACCCGCCAUCCUUCGAAAGUCAACUGAGCUAUCUGAGCUUCACAAAGAGGACAUCUACGAGUUAGUCGGCCAUGCUUAUGUUGAUCCGGUUAUGGCGAGCGGACGAUGGUUGGCGGGCAAGGACAAGGGGCGAGUACUACACCUGCUCUGA